AUACCAUAAUACUUUCAUUGUAACUACGUCAUCCAUUUGUUACCAUGACAAAACCUUGAGGACAAUUGGACUUCGGAAACAUGGCGGCGCCGCUGAGCGGAAGUGACGUUUCCGGAAGUGUUUUCUCUGCUAUCGGCUAGUCUGUGCGUCUGGGAUGACUCGGCUGCAGUUUGAAUCUCUUGCGGUCGCUUCUGAGGGGGUCAUGUGAUGCGGAGGUUCCGUUAAUAUGACGUACAGGGAUUUAUAUACGUGCGGUACCGUCAGGUGUGAACGGUGACAAGAUAGCUGGCAUCUUUUACAUUUAGCGGGUGCAAUGGACCCGGGUUCUACAAUGUAAGGGCGGACCUGUCUGCUGGCCUAUUCCAGCUCUGAGCUCUGUUAUACCUUAUGGGUUUUAAAGGAUUUAAGACACAUUUUAACCACUUGCUGGAAGCCUAAAUUUUAAGCAUUUUUAACAUUUAUUUAUAUUUUUAACAAUGAAGAAAAGGAGAAAAUUGGGUCCAAAAAACAUUAACUUACCAGAAGCGAACGAAAAGGAGCCGGCGACUGAAGAUGACACAUGUAUCCAUGGCGAUCCAGAUAUUUAUGGUGUCUCCAAUGGGCGCAGAGUCCUGACGUCUCUUCACUACAACAAGAACCUCCUGAAAUAUCUGAACGACGACCGCCAGCGUCCUGGCUCAUUCUGCGACCUGGUCAUCGUGGUUGAGGGGAAGGAGUUUCCGGUGCACAAGGUGGUGGUGGCGGUGGGGAGCAGCUAUUUCCAUGCCUGUCUGAGUAAGAACCCCGACACAGAGGCGGUGACUCUAGAACACGUUGGCAGUGCGGUUUUCCAACAUUUGCUUGACUUUCUGUACACAUCAGAGUUUUUGGUUUCGGAGGAAGAGAUCGGCGCCGUCUUAGAAGCGGCGAAGUUUCUUGAUAUCAUAGACGCCGUCAAGCUGUUGGCUCCCAAAGACGCCGAACAAUUACCUGCAGACGAAAACGCGGAGGGGAGCAAACCGGAACACAGUCAUAAGUGUCCUCUGUGCGAUCGAGUCUUCUGCUACAAAAAAUCCUUGGAGAACCACAUGGACCGAGCCCAUCAGUGCGGGGCGACAGAUGGUGAGGACCCUGACUCUUCCACCAGGAAGUCUGCCCGGCGGAGGAAGUGUCCGGCAAAGUUCGAAGAUCAAGAAGAAGAGGAGGAUGAGGAGGAAGAAGAAGAAAGUGACAGCUCAUCGAGUAGUGAAUCCUACAAAAGCAGUCAGGAUGCCUCCGAGUCUGAGGACUCCAGCAGCGAGGUGGAGGAAGGUGACCGGUCCGUGCAAGGAGAGAAUGGGGAGGAGGUAUCUGAAAGCAACCAGGGACCCAGCGAGGGCCUGGAUAAACCUGAAGACACCCAGGACAAUCCGGGUUCACUUGGGACCUUUCCCGAUGGUCUCGCCCCUGUCGUGUUAGAGAAAAGCAGCAAAAAGUAUUUAAAGUGCCCAAAGUGUGAAAAAGUAUUUGAUCGAGUAGGUAAAUACGAAAGUCACACUCGCGUCCACACGGGAGAGAAGCCGUUCGAGUGCGACAUCUGCAACAUGAGAUACUCCACCAAAUCCAACCUGACGGUGCACCGCAAGAGGCACAACAGUGACACAGAGCUGCCCAGGAAGGACCACAAGUGUCCGUUUUGCAGCAAGCUCCAUGCCAGUAGGAAGACCCUUGUUAAACACGUCAAGAGGUUCCACGCUGAAAAUGCACAAGAAUUUCUCACUAUCAAAAGAAUAAAGAGUGACGGAUGGAAAUGUGAUAUCUGCAAUAAAUCUUUCACACGGCGGCCCCAUUUACAGGAGCACAUGAUCCUCCAUUCACAGGACAAGCCAUUUAAAUGCACUUACUGCGAUGAACAGUUCAAAUCGCGCUUUAAAAGGCUGAAGCAUCAAGAAAAAUAUCACCUGGGUCCUUUCCCAUGUGACAUUUGUGGACGUCAGUUUAAUGACUCUGGAAAUCUAAAGCGUCACAUUGAGUAUACACACGGAGGGAAGAGGAAGUGGACCUGCUUCAUCUGUGGAAAAUCGGUAAGAGAAAGGACAACACUGAAGGAGCAUCUACGAAUUCACAGUGGGGAAAAGCCACACCUAUGCAGUAUUUGUGGGCAGAAUUUCCGUCAUGGUAGCUCGUACAGACUGCAUCUUCGUGUCCACCAUGAUGAUAAACGCUACGAGUGUGAUGAAUGUGGGAAGACGUUCAUCCGCCACGAUCACCUCACUAAACACAAAAAGAUACAUUCUGGAGAAAAAGCUCAUCAGUGUGAAGAAUGUGGGAAAUGUUUUGGUCGUCGUGACCAUCUGACUGUACAUUAUAAAAGUGUUCAUCUAGGAGAGAAGGUUUGGCAGAAGUACAAGGCCACAUUUCAUCAAUGCGAAGUAUGCAAGAAAGUCUUUAAAGGAAAAUCAAGUCUUGAAAUGCACUUCAGGACCCAUUCUGGCGAGAAGCCGUACAAAUGCCAGAUCUGCAACCAGUCAUUUCGCAUCAAAAAGACUCUGACUAAACAUUUAGUCAUACAUUCAGAUGCACGUCCCUUCAAUUGCCAGCACUGCAAUGCCACCUUCAAGCGGAAGGAUAAGCUCAAGUAUCACAUUGACCACGUUCACGGCUCUAAGGCAGAGGAGGAAGACGCAGCGCGAGAGGAGGCAAAGACCUACCCGGCCGCCUCCCAGAGUUCGGACGCUGAUAUAUGUGUCCCCAUCACGUUGGUCCCGGUUGAAAUGGGCGAAAAUGAGGCCGAACUGGAGACACAUGCUGGAUCUUCUGUGCUGGCCCAGCCCAAUGACUACCAGCGACCCCCUGACUUGGCGUUCUUGGAAAAAUACACACUUAACCCUCAGCCUGCGACUCUUUUACAUCCCGUCAGACCUGAACAAAUCAUGGAGACCAGAGAACAUUCAUAUUUGGGCACAUUGCUUGGGCUGGACCCUCAGCCGACUGUGCAAACUGUUUCCGGCGCUGAGCAUCGCUGACAUUGGGGAGACAUUCCACUUUCGUUAUGUAGAACGCAGCGGCUGCACUACAGGGGUUAAGGGCAGGCACCACCCUUGGGAAACACCUAAGGGUGUGUUCAGACAUGACAAUAUUUCUCUGGCACUGAUCCCGCCACAACUAUGCCGCAGCAGAAUCCACAUGGGCGGGUUUUGCUGCGCAUUUCAGCCCUAUACACUGCAGCAGAAUGAGCAUGACUGGAAUCCGCAUCAUUAUUGUUUUUCCACGUGGAUCGGUGGUCUCCAAACUGUGGACCUCCAGCUGUUGCAAAACUACAACGCCCAUCAUGCCCUGGCAACCUUUAGCUUCUCGGUCUUUAAACGAUGGGCCUCCAGCUGUUGCAAAACUACAAUCCCCAGUAUGCUAUUUCAAUUGUGUCUCAACCAGUGUGCCUCCAGCUGUUGCAAAACUACAACCCCCAGCAUGCCCGGACAGCCGUUGGCUGUCCGGGCAUGCUGGGAGUUGUAGUUUUACAACAGCUGGAGGUCCACAGUUUACAGGCCACAAUGCUACAUGCUGGUGAAGAUUUCGAAACCCCAUUCUUUAAUCUGCGCCACAAAUCCCAAUACGUCUGAACGCACCCAGACGCUGCGUUUAUCUACGUUGUUUAUUUAACUUGUUUUUACACUGCUGUACGAUGAAUUUUUCAGUUUUAUCUGUGCGAUCUGUGAAUGUUUGUAGAUGGGAGCAAGCAAGUUACUUUGAUCUCUAGACGGCUGUAGGAUAGCGCGGUUACCAUCCGUAACCGUUUCCUAUGCCACACCUUAUUUAUAGCGUAAUCAUAAAAAAAAAAAAAACUACUUCCUCAUACCAAAGAUUAAGUGUAAACCAGAUUUUUAAAUUUAAUUUUAGACCUAAUAAAUCAGUAUAUCAGGUAUAAAUGUUACUGUCCUUAAAAAGAAAAAAAAAAGUUCCUAAAAAAUUUCUUAACGGUAGGGUCACACGUAACUGACCCGGUGGUGACCCGACCCGUUUUGUGCCUCCAGCUGUUGCCACCCACCUGUUCCCCCACCUCUGGCCUGCUCGCAGCGGCAAUCCGCCGCCACGAGCAGCCACACAGGGGGCCUGUGAUUCGGCGAGUCCACUCAGACACAUGCGCAGUGCACUACGCUGCGGAUCCUUUACGUGUGACCCUACCCUAAAGGUUCGUUUUAUGCAAUUAGAAUGUGGUCACUUAAAGGGGUUAUCCAGGAAUAGAAAAAUAGAGUACUUUUUAAUUUUUUUCAAGAACAGUCCCACUCCUGUCCUCAGGUUGUGAGCGGUAUAACUAAGUGGCUCCAUUAAUUUCAAUGGAACGGUGCUGCAGUACUAUACACACAGGCAUGGUGCUGUUUUGGGAAGAAAUCGGCUCUGCUUUCCUAAUCCUGGAUAACUCUCUUUUAGUAUUGGCCCUUUGUGCUAGAGGUGGCUGUACACGUUGUCAUGUAAUGUGAUAGGUUUGUCAUAACUUCACGUGGUGACAUAUGCCGGGUUGCUGGAUUUCGACGUAUGUGAUCCUUUUAGUUUUCAGAGGAGAUAAGCCGCUGCCGGAGGAGUCUGGCAUUGACUUACUCCCCUCUCUUUAUUCAGAACACAUAUGCUUGGUUGGGCUGAGCUGAGUGUUUGUAUGGGGGCAGGUGGAAUAUCUGUCAGUCAAAUAUUCUAAACCACUAUGUCCCAACUAGUGUACCUCCAGCUGUUGCAAAACUACAACUCACAACAUUUUGCAACAGCUGGAGGCACACUCGAUGGGAAACGCUGCUCUAAAUAUAUGACAAAUUUAUUUAUGGGUUAAAUGAUUCUCCAAUCCCCCCAAUGUUUGAUAUCUCAGAGGAAAGAGAUUAAUAAUAAUGCUGGCCUUAAAAUAAAUCUGGUGGUAUACUCCUCAACAUGUGAUGUGAUCCGUCUAAUGUAUAUGGCUAGUUUUGCCCAAGAUAACAACCAAAGCCUUAUUUUUCACAUUUUGAGGCAAGCAAUAUCUCCCCAAAACUUUCUAGUUAUACUUGAGACUGGGGUAUAAAUUUUUUAUGUUUUUAUCUAAAUUGCUGCAUUUUCUUUCGUCCCUUGAUGUAAAGGGUGGGAAGCUGUUAAGAGAAAUUUCCUAAAAAGCUGAUUUCUUAAAAGAAAUUCAGGCUUGGGCUAUGUUCACACAGCGGAAAAUUUGCGGAAUGACCAGGAAAACAAAGGCAGACAUUUAGCAAAUGUGCAUGUUCUGCUGGCGCUAGGACCGCUCGCCAAUGCAUUUCCGAGCGGAAGCCACAGUCACAAUAAACAUUCAUUGUUUCUGUGCAUGCCGAAACCAGGAUUUCCGUGGCAGAUGUUUCCACCGUGGGAAUUCCGCCAUGUGCACAGUGCAGCAAAAUCCCAUUGAAAUCAGUAGGACUCUGCUGCAGUGGAUAUUCUGAGCUGUUCUGCCGUGUGAACAUGGCCUAACUCCAUACACAGGGAUUGUAUAGGCAUAAACAUGGCUGACUCAAAUAGUCAAGGCCCAUUCACACUACAGAUUCUCCACUUGCCGACACUUCCAUAGACAUGAAUGGAGGGGACGUGGUGUGACAUCACGAGGGGUCGUGGCCGUGACGUCACGACCACUAAAGCAGGAACACAGUGUUUGUAUAGAAUACUGGGUGCUGCGGGACAUCACAGGGGGCCCCAGCAGUGGGACCCCCGCGAUCAGACAUCCUUUGGAUAGGGGAUAAGAUGUCUAGCAGCAGAGUACCCCUUGGGGACACGGACAGUUUAUUUUUCCCCCUCCCCAAACUUCUAAAAGCCAUAUUUUUUCUUUCUUUCUCCAUCUUCAGAGCUGUAUUUCUUUCUUUCUUUUUUUUUUGUUUGCUGGACCAAUUGUACUCUGUAAUGGCACCUUGUAUUUUACCAUAAGGCUAAGUUCAUAUUCGCAUCAGAGGCACCGAUCGGGGUCACUACAGAAAAACGGAACUGGGUGGUCAGCUGCACAACUAAUGGCGUCCCCCUGGUGUUUGUUUUUAGCAGGAUUUGAGCAGACAAAAAAAAUUACUGCUGGAGUACACCUUUAAACUUGACCUCUUCUGACCCCUAUAACUUCUUUAUUUUUCCGUAUAUGGGGACGUAUACUUUUUUGCGCCAUGGUCUUAAGUUUUUAUGAUACUAUCUGUUUUGAUGGGACUUUUUGAUCAUUUUGUAUAAAAAAAAAAUUCUGGUAUUAGAAUUGACCAAAAUACACAAUAUUUGACUGUUUUUUUUUUUACGCCAUUGACCGUGUGGUUAAAUGAACAUUAUAUUUUAACAGUUUGGACAUUUAUGUGCGUGUAAAUACCACAUUAUAUAUAUUUUUUUGUUUACAUAAUUUUAUUUUAAAAACAGGAAAAGGGGGGUGAUUCAAACUUUUAUUCGGGAAGGAGUCAAAUCACAUGUAUUAACUUUUUUUUUAUUUUUCACACAAUUUUACUAUUUACUAUUACGUGCAAUCCUUGAAUUGCAUACACUUUUCAAUGCUAUGCUAUAUUGCUCCAGCCUGCAAUAGCUGGCUGCAGCAUAGAAGCGCUGAUCGAGCGUCAGGCCUCUGUCCGGACAGCUGAUUGGGUCAUCGCAAUUUCCGCGCGAUGGUCCCGAUCAGCUCCACUGAGCUGCUGGGAACAGAUUUCGGUACUUUUAGACACUGUGAUAAACUUUGAUUACGUUAAUGCCGGACAUCUCCUGAGCUUUCCUUAUACCCCUGCCAUGCCGCUGCGCUGUUUAUAAACGGCGUUCUGCGGCAAGGGGUUAAAAUAAAUCUGUCAGCAGCAUCACCUGCACUUGCUUAUAUAGGGUCAAAGGAGGAGAUUUAUCAAUAACCUGUGCUGAAUAAAAGUUGAUCAGUUGCCCAUAGCAACCAAUCAGAUCACUUCUUUCAUUUAUUCAGAUGCAUUUUUAAAAAGAAAGAAGUGAUCUGAUUGGUUGCUAUGGGUAACUGGUGGAAUCUUCAUCUGGUUCCAGGUUUUGAUGAAUCUCCUCCAUAGUGUGGGUGAGACUUUAACGCGCUUAACCUUUUUAAUAUCUUUCCAUUCCAGACAUGUAUAGAUAAACUCUAUUAUGCAAAUGAUCUUGGAGCACUGGGGGGGGUUCCCGGUCCCUUUGUGCACCGUUCUGGCCGCCUAGUUUGUCUCCUGCAGCACGUAGAAGGGAUGCAUGUGCGCUUGUGGUCCAGGGCUGCACAUGAUGAAGCGGACACAGCAGGGUGCUGAAGAGAAGAUGAAUACAGUGGUCCCUCAACAUACAAUGGUAAUCCGUUCCAAAUGGACCAUCGUUUGUUGAAACCAUCGUAUGUUGAGGGAUCCGUGCAAUGUAAAGUAUAGGACAGUGGUCUCCAACCUGCGGACCUCCCAGAUGUUGCAAAACUACAAAUCCCCGCAGUUUUGCAAAAUCUGGAAGUCCGCAGGUUGAAGACCACUGGUAUUGGAGGUUAUACUCACGUGUCCCCGCCGCUCCGGACCGUCACCGCUGCCCUGGAUGUCGCCUUCCAUCGCUGUUGCCGCGUCCCCAACGCUCCGGGAAGGUCUCUGCUGCCUGGGAACGUCUCUCUCCGUCGUUGCUACGCACGCCGCUCCUUAGAAUGACGGGGCGGCGACGUGAUGACGACUGAGAGCGCUGGCGAUGCAGGGGAUCCUGAGGAGUACACUACAGAGCCCCGAGGACACGUAAGUGAUCAUCAGUGGACCACAAGGGGCACCGUAAACGGCUUUGCGGUGGCAGCUGAAGCAGUCUGCGCUGCCGGAUAGCCGUUUAUGCGAUGGCCCCGACAUACAAAAGCAUCGCAUGUUGAUGCUGCCUUCAACAUGCGAUGGCCUCUGAGAGCCCAUCGUAUGUUGAAAUGAUCGUAGGUCACUGUAUUUAUAAUGGGGACUGUAUUAUAUGAUCCAGCCAGGUGAAUAGAACGGUGCACCAAGGGGCUGGGGACUCCCUCAGUGCUUCAAAUUAAUUAACAUUUUAGGAAUUUUCCGUCUAUCUCCGGAAUGUCAGAUUAUGAAACUCUAACCUGUGUUACCAUCUGCAUUAUCUGUUACCUUGUAUGAUCAGGUUAGUGCAGGUGAUGCUGCUGUUUGGUUCCCUUUAUACAGAUUCUGUGAAUGAAACUCCAACACGGAUGUUAACUGAGCCUAAUAAAAAAUUUAGGACUGUGAAAAAAAAAAAAAAAUUGUUGGUUUUUAACUCCUUAAUGACGCAGGAUGUAUAUUUACGUCCUGCGCGACUCCCGCGAUAUAAUCAUAUCGGGUCGGUCCCGGCGGCCAUCAACGCCUGGGACCCGUGGCAAAUACCGGACAUAACCGAUCGUGGUGAUGCCCAGUAUUAACCCUUCAAAGUUGAUCACCGCGUCUGAAGUGAAACCUUCCCAGCAGCUCAGUGGUGCUGUUCGAGACCGCCGUGGUGAAAUCGUGGCGUCCCGUACAGCUUGCAGGAUGCGAGGAGGAUCCCUACUGGCCUCCUCACUGUCCAAUCCCCGAAUGACUGCUCAGUGCCCGAGAUCCAGGCAGGAGCAGUUGAGCGGCAAUAACACUGAUCAAUGCCAGUGAUCAGUGUAGGAAAGCAGUGUGUGCAAUGUUAUAGUCCCGUGUCCCCCCCCCCCUCAAAAAAAAAGAAAUCUAAACAUAUGUGCUAUCGCCGUGUGCGUAAAUGUCCGAACUAUGAAAAUAUAUCAUUAAUUAAACCGCACGGUUAAUGGCGUACACGUUAAAAAAAAUUCCAAAGUCCAAAAUAGGGUUUUUUCGAUCACUUUUUAUACCAUAAAAAAAUAAAUAAAAAGCAAUCAAAAAGGUCGAUCAAAACAAAACUGGUAUCGAUAAAAACUUCAGAUCACAGCGCAAAAAAAUGAGCCCUCAUACAUCCCCGUAUGCGGAUAAAUAAAGUUGCAUGUAGUUAUGAUUUUUUCCAGAAGUACGACAAAAUUAAACCUAUAUAAGUAGGGGAUCAUUUUAACCAUAUGGAGCUACAGAAUGAAGAGAAGGUGUCAUUUUUACCGAAAAAUGCACUGCGCAGAAACGGAAGCCCCCAAAAGUUACAAAAUGGCGGGGUUUUUUUUCAAUUUUGUCGCACAAUCUUUUUUUUUUUUUUUGUUUCGCUGUAGAUUUUUGGGUAAAAUGACUAAUGUCACUGCAAAGUAGAAUUGGUGGCACAAAAAAAUAAUCCAUAAUAUGGAUUUUAAGGUGGAAAAUUUAAUUUUAAAGGGUUAUGAAUUUUAAAAGGUAAGGAAGAAAAAACAAAAAUGCAAAAACUGAAAAGUCCUUAAAGGGUUAAGCCAUAUUCUGUGUGGUAAAACCGACAUAUUCUUUUUAUUCUUCGGGCCAGUAUGACUACAACAAUUAUCCCCCCCAAAAAAUUAUUUGUAUUGCCAUAUUCUGCCCCCUAUAACUUUGUCUAUAUACAGGGUUGAAUGAGGGCUUGUUUUUUGUGCUGUGAUCUGUAGUUUUUUUUCCAUUUACAAUAUUUACUAUGUGGGUCUGUCUCCUGUCCUUUAUUGCAUUGCUCUGCACCUCAGUCACUGAUGUUUUUUUUUCUCUCCCUUUGGGGGGGGGGUUGGGGGGUGCCAAAUUCCUGUAUAUCUGUGUGCUGUUUUUAAAGGUGUUUGCCUCAGAUUGUAUCUUAUCAUCUUGGGAUGGCUUAUCUUUGUAAGGGUGCAUUCACCCCAUGUUUUGGCAAUACGGCAGCCAGAUACGGUAGGAGAAUUUUAAAACCGUCCGCUGCUCCAUUCACUUUACUGAGCCGGACAGAGUCAGAUAGUGACUCUGGUCGACUCAUUUUUGUACCGUAUCUGGUUUUGUUGCCAAACUGAAAACCAUGGUCUGCCGUGGGUUUUAUUCCGGCAACCAAAGCGGUUAAAAAAAUGAGCUGACUAGAGUCACUUGCUGACUCCGUCCGGCUCAUUGAAAUGAAUAGGGAGCGGCAGGGACAUGGCAUCGCCCGUUUUUUUUAAAUUCUCCCACCGUAUCCGGCUGCCGGAUUGUUAGAACAUGGUGUAAAUGCACCCUAAGUACCAUAGUGAGUGACUGAAGUAGUAGCUGAUCAUGCAGGCUCCCGCUUCAGUUACUAAGGGGGGACAAGGGACACCUGUUCUGCUCAGUGGGGGCCCCUGUAGUCAGAUCUCCCACUGAUCAUAAAACAGGGGUCCCUUGCCCCCCAGUGAAUGCCCCAGCAGUGUAUUUGCUUAGGCCAUUGCUCCAUUUACUCUGUAUGGCACUUGGUAGCUGUCAGAUGAUUCCCCACAGCAGUGUUUCCCAACCAGGGUGCCUCCAGCUGUUGCAAAACUACCGGGCAUUUUUGGCCUACAUUUUUUAAUGGAUAUGUAUUUAAAUCUAAGUGGUCAAGGGGUAAUCCUUUACUUUUUAUGCCCAAAGCCCAUAUAUUGCAGGUUAUUAAUAAACUCUGCUAUCUUUGUUCUUACAUUACAUUUUUGUUCAACAUUAAAUUUUUUUACAGUAGGUAUCACAAAGUUGUAUUUAUUUUGCCUAAAAACUUUACUACACCUGGAUACUAGGGGAGGGUUUAGCUGAUUUAUAUUGUCUACCUACAUAUUGUUGAACAUGUCUGUGUUAGGUCAUAUAAUGAAAGCAAUAGUGUAUAGAAAAAUGUGAAACAGACUCGAAAUUUACCAUGAAAAUUUUUAUGCAUUAAAUAAAAAUGUAAAAUAAU